AUGAAGAUUGAGCUUCCUCAACUCGACAAGAAGACGAACUUCACGUUAUGGCAAAUCAGAAUGAGGGCCGUGUUGGCUCAACUUGAUUUGGAAGACAUGUUGUUCUCCACGAUGUCUACAUUGUGGACGGAGGAACAGAAGAAACUGGCUGAUUGCAAGGCCCUUAGUCAAAUUCGACUCCAUCUCUCGAAUGAUAUCCUUCAAGAUGUCAGUAAGGGGACUAGUGUACACAUAUUAUGGUUGAGACUUGAGGAGAUUUGCAUGGAAAAGACUAUUACCCAUCGAAAUUUGACAAAGCAAAAACUCUUUGGUCUACACAUGGUGAAACGUACCUCUUUAGAAUUGCAUUUGGCAUCAUUUAAGGACAUUCUUUCAGAACUUGAUGUCUUUAAUGCUAGCAUUCUCAUAGAGGCAGACCUCUGCUCACUUCUCCUCAUGUCUCUACUGCUAUCCUAUUCAAGCUUCCGGGACAUUCUAUUUUAUGGAUCUAAAGAACUUUCUUUAGAUACAAUAUAUGAGGCUCUAUCAUCAAAGGAGAGUAUGAACAAGUUCUCGACGGAGACUUCUUUAACCCCACCAGAAAGCUUGGUUGUCAAAGGACGAGAUCAAGAGAAGAAGAAGAAGCCUCAUGGUCCUAAAAGCAAGUCAAAAAAUUUGGAGUAUCCUUGCAACUAUUGUAAAAAAAAGGGGCAUAUCAAGGAGGAAUGUUACAAUUUGCAGAAUAAGAAUAAGAAGAGCUCUCAAGAGAACUCUGUCGAUCAAUAA